AUGAACAAGAAAACUUACCGAUUAAACAACUGUUCCACAUUAGGACCAGCAUUUCCAGAUGUGGAAUCACUAAGAUGGCAAAACGAAGAAGAUGAAUGGCGGGAAUUUGAAGAGCAGAAGAAGGAUUAUUCUGGUUUACGCAUAGGAAAGCUUCAGAUCCAAGAAGGAGACGAAGGUGGCGGGGAUGAUGAUGGAGAAGAGGAGCAAGUGCUGGAAGAAAAUGAAGCUGGUGUGAUGGUUUUGCGCUCUCGCAAAAUGCAGUCUGGUCCCUGGAAAAUGCAGCAACAACAAUUGCAACAGCAGCUGCAACAGCAACAGCAACAGCCCCCUCCUGAAGAGAGACCACCUCCACCGCCAGAGAACUUGGACACUCCUGAUAAAAGGUCAGAUGGUCCCAGCUCUUAUGUGCCACCUGCUUUGCGAGGCGGACAGAAUAGGGAUAGGGAUAGAGACUAUGGACCAACGAUUGGUGGGCCACGUGCUUCCCGGAUGAAAAUUGCUCCAGAUAUCAGCAACGAAGAAAGCUUUCCCACAUUGUCCGCUUCCAAAAACAUGGAUGCAAAUUCACCGUGGGGUAGAAGGCGACGUGAUGAAGGUACCUUUGAAGAGGUGCGCAAAGGAGGCAGCAUGUCAAGUCGUUAUGAUGCUGGGCGCUUAGCUACUGGUGGCCCAAAGCUUAGCCUGGGAAACAAGUUUGGAGCACUUCAGGAUCAGAGCUGAGGCCUUGGAGCAACCUAAGCUUCUCUGGUGUACAUUUACUUCGUUUCUGUUAAAAUUGUAAAGGUUUAAAGGAAAGAUCUUUUCGUUCUUUUUUUUUUUAAAAAUUCUUUUUGGACAUUCCUGUUAAAAGCCUGACGGAAAUGGUGUCUGUGUCAGCCGACAGUGUUUCAUUUUCAUUGUCUUGUGUAUUUUGCUGGUCUUUAGAGGUGAAGAGACAGUAAUGUACAUUGCAAUUGGUGCCAGAGUAUUGGGAACUAGGCUGUGCAUCAUAACAACUUCUCCAAGGCUUUUGCAAUCGUGAAUGAAUGAGCGCAUGUGAUUUUAUAUAUAAUAUCUUAUAUAUUAUAUAUAAAAUUUCUGUUGAUUGUGUGAAAGUGAAAAAAAAAAGUGAAAGAACUGCCUUGGGCCAUCUUCCUAUAUAAGGUUGCUAUUUGCAUUAAAAAAAUGGUGUAAUGUGUAGUCUUUUAUUGGACAUGUAUCCGGAAUGGACAUGUUACUUCUGAUUUUGCAAAUGAAGUAAAGAUAUUUCCAAUGUUGAUGUGAAAUCGUGGAAGACAUUUGGUAGGGUUUUACACUCAUUGGAAAUAUGAAGCACAUAAUUUAAGAGAUUCUGAACAUAAAGCAUUUUACUCCACCUUCAAACCACAUGAAGCUAUUAAGAUGCAAGUGGAAUUUGUGUUUUUGGGUGUGCAAAUGACAUUUGCCCUAAAAUACAUUAAUUUAUCUUGCAUAGAGAAAAGUUAAAAAGAAAAAAAUUCCAUUUUGUUAAGCCAAUGUGAAAUCUUAGUUUUGGUCUUCCAGGUUUGCUCUUAUCUGUAUUGUUGAAAAUGUGCACAGGUGAUGAAUCUCCAAGAAGUGAGACACGAUUACAUAAAGCUCAUUGUAUAAUGGAGUAUAAAUUUGUGCAAAACAUUGCAAAUUAUAAAGAUGGUUGUGAAAUCUGAAUAAACAAUCGUCAAAAACUGUUUGUGGAUGAAUACAAAGGGGAGGAAAAUAUUUUGCCAGUUCACUGAACAUUAAUUUGAUUGCUAGUAAUAUACUUUGAGUAGAUAGUAACUUGUAUACUGGCAUUCUACUCUAUUUUCUGUCAAGUGUCUUGUCUUAAUAAAUGAGGCAGAAUUCCUCAUUCACAGAGACUAUACAGUGGGACAAACCCAUUUUGUUGUUCGCAUGUUUUAUCAUGCAUGCAAUAAUCAGUCAUUGCUAAACAUACGAUCAUGAAAUUUGGCAUAAUCAAUGUUGAGAAUUCAAUCAAUUAAUUUGAGAUGAGAAUAAUUGUCUGCUUUUGCCAUUAGGUUUUGCAGUUUUCCCUUUGAAUUAGUAUUUUCAUUUUCAAUGGGAAGUUUUCUAGUUUUACUGGAUAUUGUUUCAAAUAAAAGUAUAUGUACUCGUGUUAAAAGUAAUUUUAUUUAUGGAAAUGUAUUUAUAACGUGUAAUUAAUAAAUAAAAAAGUAUUUGCUAUUUGAUCUUGAAACAAGUCAAUUUGUUCUAUUAAAUUUUAUUGAAUUGUGAAUAUUUUUGUUUUUGUAAACUAGGACAGGUUUGAACUACUGAAAUUGAAGAAUUUGAAAUAGUUAAUUUACGGUCUGAAACUAAAACUAGUUGCAAAUAUUAAAUCCUUUGCUUUGUAUUUAUUCCAUUUGUUAAUAAGUUCAGUUUGAAGUGUACAAGCACUUUGUUAUCGAUACUUUUAACCUUUCGGUGUUGUGGGUGAUCAGAAUCUCAAAUUUAAAAAAAAAAAAAAUUAAAAAAAAUUCCAUGUGAGAGCAAAUUCAAAAAAACACAAUGUACUUGGAUUAAAAUAAAUGUGAUGUAAACCAAAGGUAAACUGCUACAGCACCCUGUGAGUAAUUUCACACCCAAGUAUUUCGAGAAAUAUUAAAAGGAAUAACUCGCUCGCGAACAUCAUUCACAUUUGUUUUAAUCUUAGAGUAUGAUUCAGUAACUCAAGACAAUCUCAAAUUUUAUGUGAAAAUGUUUUCUAAAUUUGCUCAAAUGCCUGUCAUUCACAACCACAUAUUUUAAGUGAAUUGCGUUGUUGCUAUUGUCACCUGGAAGGCCAGUUAAGAGAAAGAAGUUGAACAGAAUGGGAAUUAAACAGUGGACUUCUAUUAAUUUUUAUUUUUUAUUUCAAAAUUUUUUAUGUAAAUAUAAUUUCUACUAUUGAAAUAUUAGUCUUGUAAUAAAAUGGAUGACAAAGCGUGUAGCUGAUUUUUCUCUGUGGCAUGGGCUUGUUAAAUUGAGUUUUUUAGUUCAAAUCAUGUUUUAGGCUAAUGAACAUGGCUGCACAUAGCUGGAAAAAUUAUUCUGAGAAGAUUCAUACAAUGAAAAAUGUUGAUUCUUAAAUGUUUUUAAUAUUAUAUAAAGGUAAAGGUCAGGAUUCAACCAAUAGUCUGUGACAACCUGUAAGAUGCCAUCACCAAUGCCAUGAUUUUAUUAUUAGACAGUAAGAAGGUGGGCUGGCAGAUGUAAAGUCAACACCAUAAGUUGACGGUUUUAGUUAAAUUGUUGUAAAUUUAUUUCUAUGUUCUUUGUAACUUGAAUCAAACUGGGUCAAAUAUAACAUCUUUGAGAGUGAGUA